AUGGAUGAUGAAACUCGAGGAUCCAGAUGGGCAAAUCUGCACAAAAACCUGGUAGCCACGCCCCCAGCUCCUCUCACUGAAUCUUCCGUCAAUGAUACUGCCCCCAACCUUGAAUUUGAUUGCCACUAUAUUGGCUGUGGUAGGUUUUUUGUACGCCAAGAUAAACUUAAUGAUCAUAUGAAGAGACACGGAGCUCCACUUGAAAGUACGCUGGAACCAUUAGGAAUUUAUUCGAAUAAAGAAGAGUUUAUGAAGCAUCUGCAAAUAGACCAUGAAACAUUUGCACUGAUGGAAGCAAGAUUCCUUGCUCGGCCAUUUACAAAGUGA